ACUUCACAUUUCUUAACUUUUUGGGGGAAUGCCCUCAGCAAUCAUUAACGUGUCCUGAUCUGAAAAGGACUCUUUGCUCUGUAAAGAUUUAAUUCCUGACAAAAUGAGAACGAGAUACUUUGGAUUUCUUCUUCUUAUUGGGCUUCCCGCAGCCUUGUAUGCUCAAAGUGCACAUUGGCCUUGCAGAGCUCCCAGCCUGGUGGGUGGUUAUUUUGUCCCAGAAAAACAAAUUUAUCCUCACGGAUCUGAGAUUACUUACAGCUGUGAGAGUGGACGUAAACCAGCAGUGGAGGGAUGGUGGGCAACAAGCACAUGUCAGAAUGGAGAAUGGUCUCACGAGCCACGAUGUAUAGAUGAAAGAGCCUGCGUUCCCCUUGAGAUACCAAAUGGAAAAUAUAAUAAAAGACGAACUGGCUGGUAUGGCGAGAGUAGCACAAUUAGGGUUACAUGCGAGGAUGGGUAUGAACUGAAAAACUGGAGCGCUACAGCUACGUGUUUAAAUGGAGCCUGGUCCUCUGUGCCCAUCUGUGAGAUCAGUAUCAAUGCAUGCAGCACGCCCCCUAAAGUCCCACAUGCAGUCAUCGUUGGCCAGAGAUUUCAGGAGGUGUACCCUGCUGAUUCAGAAGUUCAAUAUGAAUGUGAGGAUGGAUACACUGUGGAGGGGGCAGUGAGUAAAAAAACCAUCAUCUGCAUGGCUGGAAACUGGACUGAAGGCCCAACAUGCAGCAAACAAACAACACCAGAUACCGGACACAGUGGCCCAGAAGAGGCCGACUCAUCCGGGGGCCAUUCUACAUCUCCUGGCAGUGGGACACGAACUGGGAGUGGAGAUGGAGUUGACAGACCAGGUACUGGACAUGGUGGAUCUACAGGGCAAGGAGGUGACAGACAACCUGUUGGAGGAGGAGGAGGACAUGGUAGUGGACAAGGUGGACAUGCCACAGGAGGAACAGCUGGUGGACACAUUACUCCUACUGGUAGUGGGGCAGGGCCUGCUAGUGGAGGAUCUUCUUCCACCUCUGGUUUGGAUGACAGAAAUAAUAGGCCCGCUUUCAUAUCAGUUGACCAAUGUGGAGUCGCUCCAGUUAUUCAAAAUAGUGUUCUUGUGGAAGAAGACCGAAUGUAUUUGAAAUACCAGUGUAAUGCUUUUUACACACUAGAGGGGUCAGAUACUGUGGCGUGUUACAGCGAUCAAACCUGGUCAGAACUUCCCCAAUGCAAAGAGGCUUUCUGUGUUCUGGAUCUUUCUCUGUAUCAUGAGAAUGGGUUUCAGUUGACUGAAAAACAGUUUGUGAAGGAAGGAGAGACGAAGUCUUUCAGCUGUAUUUGGCAAGACUGGGAAAAACGUUUUACUUGCACUAAUGGAAGAUUAACCUUCAGCAGAUGUUGUCAUAGAUAUGACCACUAUUAUGGACGCUGUCAGUGGAGGAGCUGAUUGUGGACUGCCAACAAAAAAUGAAGAUGGAAGCUUGAGAAACACCUCUAUCAGAGAAGAAGCUCUAAAACACACAUGAUGACACAUUUAUCACUUUUGUUUUAAAACGCAGUGAGAUUUUUGACAGUCUGCAUUUUCUUUACAACAGAAACUCUAAAUAGAGUUUUAACAUGAAUCAUACAGAAUAAAGUUUUUGUGCCCUA